AUGGCAGAAACUAUUCAACGAAAGAAGAUUCUAGUGAAUUUACUAGUAUUGGUGGCUGUUGUUUUUGCAGCCAUUUUAGUUUAUCUCAAGCCUGAUAAGACGACCAUCACUGUGAAACAACUGUUUUUGAGAGAGGGACUAGAAAGAUGUAAAACCAAUAAACAGAAAUUCAAUCCCACUUUCACUGAGAACAGAAGUAAUCCAAGAUAUCAAUUAUUUAAAAGUAAACCAGUUUUGAUCGUAAAUGCCACUAUUAUCGAUGGUGAUGGAACUAUUUCUAGCUCCAAGCAAGACAUCCUUCUUGAGAAUGGAGUUGUUUCAGCUAUAAUUUCUUCAAAUUCUCGAGAAAGUUCAAAGUUGGUUGCACGAGGUAUUGAAAUUAUUGAUGCCAAUAAUCAUUACGUCAGUCCUGGCCUAGUGGAAAUGCAUUCUCAUGUGGGAAUUUGCACCCAACCGGAACUUAAAGGGGUUAAUGAUAUGUUUGAAUUAAUGUACCCUGUAACUCCAUACACGAGAGUAAUUGAUGCUUUCAAUGUAGGCGAUCCUGCCAUCGAAAUGUCGUUGAGUGGCGGUGUGACAUCAGCCUUAAUUCUUCCUAGUGCCAAUUUGAUAUCAGGUGAAGGGUUUGUUUUCAAAAUGUCUGUUCCUGAAUCCUUGUCAGCUGAGCAAAUGCUAGUACAGUACUCAGGUGAGGCUUUUGAGAAUUCUUUCAGACAAAGAUGGAUGAAAAUGGCAUGUGGAGAGAACCCUAAAAAAAGGUACACAGCUCGUGAAGAUGCCCCUAAAAGUAGAAUGGGACUUGGACAUUUAUUCAGAAAAACCAUGCAACAAGCUCAAAGACUCAAAGAUGAACAAGAUCUUUGGUGUGAACAGAUUUAUAAUGGCCAACUUCCUCUAAGCAGAUAUCCUGAAAACGAUGAUUUAGAUUUACUUGUUGAACUUUUAAGAGGCAAGGUUUUAUCUAAUGCCCAUUGUUAUGAAACUUUUGAUAUUGAGACCCUUUUAAGACAUGCUAGAGAGUUCGGAAUUGAGAUCAAUACCUUGCAUCAUGCUCUAGAUGCUUAUAGAAUUCCUGAAACCAUAAAAAACCAACCUUAUAAUAUAUCUAUAGCGACAUUUGCUACUCUUUGGGGGCAUAAAAAAGAAGCUUUCCAAGGAAGUCUUUUCGGUCCUAAAAUAUUAGAAGAGAAUGAUAUCACAGUGAUUUUGACUACAGAUCAUCCAGCAAUUGCUGGUCAUACUCUUCUUAAUCAGGCCCAGAUAGCACAUCAUUAUGGAUUAAGUGCGGAAAAGGCAUUUGCUAGUAUUACAGGUGAACCGGCCACCGCUCUUAAUUUGGGAAAUAGAAUAGGUUUCCUCAGAAAAGGUUAUGACGCAGAUGUUAUUAUCUGGAGUGACCAUCCCUUGAACAUGAGAGCCAAACCUUUGAAAGUUUUUGUGGAUGGGGAAAUGUUAGUGAACCAACCUUUGAUUGAAGGGGAAUUGAACGACGUUUCUGAUUCCAUACCUAAAGUUUCCGAAGCUCAACUUGACUUGAGAAAAUUCGAAGGCUCGGGUACUUACUUAAUCACGGGUAUUACCAAAUCUUUUAUUCCUGGGUAUGGGAACUCCUCGCAACUGCAACUACUUGUGGCUGAUAAUGAGAUAAUCUGUUUUGCUGAAGACUGCUCGAAGCUCUCGAUAAGGUAUAGCAAUAUCCCCAAACUUGAAUUGCAAAACGCAUAUAUUUCCCCCAUGUUGACUUCAUUGACACCUUCUCAUGGGAUUGCUGAAAUGGCCCUAGAACCUAUGACUGGCGAUGGAGUUAUGGUAAAAGCCUUGGAGAUGAGCGAAUUGUCUUCUUUCAGGAAUCCGAGUAAUGUCCCCAAGGCAAAGUACGGUCUUCAGCUUGGAAGUGUUCACCUUUCCAAAGCGUUCAAUCUGGGAACCGGCAUCAUUAUCACUCCACCUUUCAGAGGCGAAGGUCAAUUAUUUGUCAGUGGUGUAAGUGUAGCCUUUUGGUCAAACAGUGAGACGUUGGAAAACGUCAAAGAUGAAGUGGCUCUUCAUAUAACCAUAGGAGAUCAAGGGAAACAAAAAGAAGUUCCUACAAUUUCCUUACAGUUUGCAGCUUUGAAAGAGAUGUUAUUGAACAACCAAGAUACUGACAAUAUUUAUGGUAAAGUUUUAUCCAAAGAACUACCAUUGGCCAUUCACACUAACAACAAAGACGUUAUGCUUCACAUAAUAGAACUCAAGAAUACAUUAGAUUUAGAUAUCAUUAUUGUGGGAGGUAUUGAAAGUCAUCUUAUUGCCCAUCAACUUGCUAGUAAUGACAUUCCGGUGGUAGUUACUCCAUGGCGUUGUCAAAGACGAUUCUGGGAUGAAAGAAGAUGUUUAUUGGGUGUCAAUGGACAAUCAACAGUAUUAAAAGAACUACAUAGUGCUGGUGUUAGGGUAGCUUUAGCUCCAGAUGAUGAUGUUAAAGUUAGAGUUUCACUUCAAGACGCGGGAUUGGCCGCUGCUUUAUCGGACAUCCCUAUUGAAGAUGUGAUGUACAUGCUUACUGACGCUAUGAAUGAUAUAUUCCAUCUUCCUCCGACAAAUAAUAAUUUUUUCAUCUCUCAAAGGAAUCCAUUAGAUUAUGGAUCUAGGAUCUCCGUUAUUAUUCGAGAUGGUGUGUUGACAAAAAUCUAUCCCGAUAUUGAACCCAACAAUAACCCAUUUAUUCCUCAGUAA